AUGCCCAUUUCCUUCUCUAACAUCAGUAGGACUUCUGAAGCCAUGUGGUACAAAGUUGAACGUUUGAGGGAUCCGCAAAAGCUUCUUGAGGAGAGCCCUGAUACCCCAAAUAAUUCUUGUUGCUCUCAAGCCUUGCUAACUGAUAAGAUUAUGAAAUUAGCGAAAGCACAGCUGGUUCUAUUAAACUCCAAGAAGGCAGAUGUUCUCUCCAGUGGAAAAGGUUGCUUUAGAGGCCAAUGCGGUGUAUCUUCCAAAGUUGCUCAAGACUUGGAACUUGCACUGUUAGUUCAAGCUGCAGCUGAGAAAGUUGAAGAUGAACAGUUAGUUUGUGCCAGAAAAUUGCUGACUAUAUGCGAUGUCUUAGCUUCUAAAACUGCUCUUAACGAGAAGAUUGAUCAAGCGUUGGGGAUAAUUUCAUCAGACAAACUUAAAGGUCAAGAAUGGUUGCCAAUGGCUGAGGAGCUGGAUAAGAAUUUUCUAGAACCUGUGAUCAUGUCAUGUCAACAGGAAGUCCCAUUCUGUCUGGAAACACAAUUCAUAUCAAGUCAAUCCAUACUGGAAGCUGUGACAGCAGCUAAGAAGGUUCAUUUAAUGGAUUUUGAAAUUGAUAAUGGUUCACAGUGGACACUGAUUAUGGAAGCUCUUGCUGUCCAUCAUGAAUGCCCUGUUGAACUUCUCAAGAUUACUGACGUUGGAACCUGUGAAGCAACCAUGGAAAAGAUGGGCAAACGUUUGUCAUCUUCUGCUCAAACCAUUAACUUACCUUUCUCAUUUAAGAUAGUUGUGUCAGACCUCAAGGAUCUCAAGGAAGAAUUCUUCAAUUCAGAGGCUGAUGAAGCUGUGGCAAUUGACUUGCCAUACCGGCUUUGGUCAUUGUUAGCAUGGCCUAAUCAUUUAGAGGCCUUGAUGGCAGUGAUCAAGAGUAUCAAGCCAUGUUUUCUGGUGCUCAAGGAAGUGGAGGUCUAUGCAAAGGCACCAACUUUCCUGGAACGUUUCAAUGAAAAGCUCCUCUUUAUCAGCGGGCCAAUUGAUUCCACAAAUUCUUGUAUGCUGUAUAGAAAACUGGUAGAAGAAGUUCACUGGUGGGGGAUGAUUCGUAAUGUUCUCACAGCUGAAAGUAUAGAGAGGACUCUGAGACAAGAAAGAAUAGGUUUCUGGAGAUUCCUUUUCAAAAAGUUCGGUUUUGUGGAAUCAGAUCUCAACCAAACAUCAAUAUUGCAAGCAAAUUUGUCACUUAAAAGAUCUGAUCAGUGUUAA